AUGCCCCUUGAAGAAGAUGAUCUCCUCACAGAGGAACCUCCGUGCUCUAUCAACCCGUACAGUGUCCUGGGAGUGGGCGAAAAGGCCACCGCAGAUCAGAUCAAAACUGCCUACAGAAAACAAGCCCUGAAACACCACCCAGACAAGGUUGCCCCCGCAUCCAAAGAUGAAGCACACAAGAGAUUCCAGGAGAUCGCGUUUGCUUACGCCAUUCUUUCCGACGAGCGUCGCCGAAAGCGCUACGACGCGACCGGCGAUACGUCCGAGUCCCUGGAUUUAGAGGACGAUGACUUCGACUGGGUGGAUUUCUACCGCGAACAGUUUUCUACAAUGGUUGAUGGUAAAGCUAUUGAGAAGAUCAAGGCCGAAUACCAGGGCUCGGAGGAGGAGAAGAGAGACAUCCUUGUGGCAUAUCAGGGGUGUGAAGGGGACAUGGACGGGGUCUACGAGGAGGUGAUGCUGAGUAACGUGCUGGAUGACGACGAGCGGUUCCGGGAAAUCAUUCAACAGGCGAUUCGCGACGGGGACGUGGAUGAUUGGCCGGCAUUCUCAAAGGAGACCAAGCAGAAGAGGGCCAGGAGGGUGAAAGAGGCGAAGAAAGAGGCCAAAGAGGCGAGAGCGCUUGCGAAGGAGUUGGGCGUUGAGGACAAGCUGUUUGGGGACGGGAAGAGCAGCGGCAAGAAGAAGGCGGGCGAUGAUGACAGUGCGCUUCGGGCGUUGAUCCAGCAGCGUCAGAAGAGCAGAGGAGCGGACUUUUUGGCAAAUCUCGAGGCAAAGUACACGUCAAGGGAUGCGAAGGGGAAGAAGAGGCGGACGGGGGAGUCUGAGCCGCCGGACGAGGCAUUCCAGAGGAAUCGAUCGCGGACGAAGAAGCAAAAGGCGGGCUAG